AAGUGCCUUUUCAUGUCCCCCUAUGAUCUUUGGCAGCUUUGCCGACUUACUCACCAUUCAUCAAUGGAUUUUCGUAGCCCUGUUAAGUUUCAUACCCCUCAAGUGUCUCUUUUUGUGAUUUUAUCUAUUGCUACAAUUGUACCAAACAUUGUAUUUGCAACCAAAGAAUGUGUUUUCCCGGCCAUCUUCAACUUUGGUGACUCAAACUCAGACACUGGUGGCUUGGCAGCUUCACUUAUUGCACCAACACCACCUUAUGGAGAAACCUAUUUCCACAGACCUGUUGGAAGAUUCUCUGAUGGACGUCUUAUCAUUGAUUUCAUAGCCAAUAGUUUUGGACUGCCUUAUCUAAGUGCAUAUCUUGAUUCCCUGGGGACCAACUUUUCACGUGGUGCAAACUUUGCAACAGCUGCAUCAACUAUAAGACUCCCACCUAGUGUUAUACCUCUUGGUGGAUUCAGUCCCUUCUACCUUGGUAUUCAGUAUACUCAAUUCAAAGACCUCAUACCCAUAACACAAUUUAUUAGACAUGAAGGAGGAGUGUUUGCAAGCUUGAUGCCAAAAGAAGAGUAUUUUCAUAAAGCUUUGUACACAUUUGAUAUCGGUCAAAAUGAUCUUGGUGCUGGCUUUUUUGAAAACAUGACUAUACAACAAGUCAAUGCUUCUGUACCUGAUAUAGUCAAUGCCUUCACAAAAAAUGUUAAGGACAUAUAUGAUCUGGGAGCAAGAUCAUUUUGGAUACACAACACAGGACCCAUUGGCUGCCUCUCAUACAUUUUGGCCAAUUUUCUAUCAGCUGAAAGGGAUGAUUAUGGUUGUGCAAAGCCAUAUAACGAAGUAGCCAAAUAUUUCAACCAAAAGUUAAAGGAAGCUGUGGUUCAACUUCGGAAAGACCUUCCUCAAGCUGCAAUCACAUAUGUAGAUAUCUACUCUGUUAAGUACUCUCUUUUCAGCAAUCCAAAGAAAUACGGAUUUGAGCUACCACUUGUUGCUUGUUGUGGCUAUGGAGGGGAAUAUAACUAUAGCAGUAGUGUUGGAUGUGGAGGAACCAUAGAUGUCAAUGGCACUAAAAUUUUUGUGAGUUCAUGUGAAAGGCCAUCAGUUAGAGUGAAUUGGGAUGGGAUCCAUUACACUGAGGCUGCUAACAAGUUCAUCUUUGAUCAAAUUUCUACUGGGGCUUUCUCAGAGCCACCCCUUCCUUUGAGUAUGGCAUGUCACAAAAAUUAGAGCUGUAGUUGCUUUUAUCAAUGCAACAACUAUUAUGAAUAAAGUGAAUUCCAUAUCAAGUCUGAAUAUGAUUAGAGCUUUAGUUGCUUUUAUUGGAUAA